GAUUCUUUCGGACAAACCCUAACCAAAAUGGUGUGGAAGAGAAGAAAGCUCGCGCCCGAUGUUAUCGAGGUGAAGUUGGUGAAGGGGCAGCCCCCUAUCGAACCCUCCUACAACGAGGACGAAAUUAGUCAAGAAGAAGAAGAGGAGGACGAUGAUGAUGAUGAAGAUGAAGUAGAAGAUGAUGAAGAUGAAGAUGAAGAUGAAGAUGAAGACGAAGAUGAAGAAGAAUCAGAAGAAGAUGAGGAGGAACAAAAUAAUGAAGUCAAGGACGAAGAGGAGGAGGACUUCUCGAGCAAAGAUUCCAUACGUAAGCUACUCGAGCCUUUCGGCAAGAACCAAUUGAUCGAAAUCUUUAAGGAGGCCGUCGUCAAGAAUCCCUCUCUCCUCUCCCGCAUAGCGAAAGAGGCCGAGGCCGAUACCGUCCACAGAAAAAUCUUCGUCCGUGGUCUUGGCUGGGAUGCCACCUCCGAGAGUUUAGCCGCUGCAUUCUCCCCCUUUGGCCAGGUUGAGAAUUGCAGGGUCAUCAUGAGCCAAUCCACGGGACGAUCUAAAGGCUAUGGUUUCGUUGUCUUUCGCACCCGCGCUGCGGCCCAGCGGGCCCUGAAGGAACCCCUGAAGAAUAUCGGUGGCCGCCUUACCAAAUGCCAUCUCGCUUACUUGGGCCCCACUGCCGUCGCCGGGCAAGCCUCUUCGGAUACCUCCGGUAGGAAGUUAUAUGUAGGCCAUGUGGGAAGCAAUGUUAACCCUGAACGCCUUCUUGCAUUCUUUUCUAAAUUUGGAGAGAUUGAGCUUGGACCGCUUGGGUCUGAUCCGGCAACGGGGAAGUUCCGUGGCUAUGCACUUUUUAUCUACAAGACGGUGGAAGGGUUAAAUAAAGCUUUGGAGGAGCCAAAGAAGUACUUUGAGGGGUUUGAGCUGGAAUGCCGAAAGGCAUAUGAAGGGCUUAAUAAGAAUAAUAAUACUCAGAUUGCACCAGUAGUUACAACUGAAACUGUGCCUACUGGGAUGAAGGCAAAUGAUUUUGCUCAGAGUUAUGGUUCUGCGGCUGCUUUGAUGGGGCAGAAUUUAGCCCCAGGUCCAACAACAGUUAUUCCACCGAAUGUUGGGGUUGGGCUGCUUAAUCCUGUAGCAGGCUUGUAUCCUGCAUUGAGUGGGGGAGUUGGUGUUUCUCAUCAGCCUUACACAGUUGGAGGUGCUGGCAUUCCUCCACAGUCUUAUGCUGUUGGACCAGUUGGAUCAGCUAGUAGGGGAUCUGGGAUUAGUGUAAACAGUAUAAGCCCGAGCGUAAUCGGGAAUUAUGGAUCCCUAGCAGCGGUCCAUGGUUUGGGAGCUUACCAGAAUUCAGCACCUUCUGCACCUACGAGGCCUCAGACAGGAAUUGGUUCUUGGGGAGCAAGUAGGUUGGCACCUUUCUACGGGCAGUAAGGGAUGCAGGGUUAGAAGUGGAGGCGGAUUAUCUGGAAGCUUUCAGAGGCUAUAAAUGGAAGUCAUGAGAGUUACAGAACCAUCAUAUCUUUAGCUCUCCUUUAUUUUUUUUUCAUCUGUGCUAAAUUUAUUUACUGCAGAACCAUAUGAAUUGGUUUCCUUUGUUUUAUGAGUGAGUUGCUUUAGUUACUGAAUUCGGACUCAUCACACUAAUUUAUGCUUAAUAUGCACAUCUCCUAUGAUUUUAUAAUUUUAUAACUGGCAACACAUCUAUGAGUGAA